AUGGACCUUGUGGUUUGGGGUGGUGCUGCAGAUGAUGAGGGCAAUGAUGGUUGGCACGGUAUGAUAAGCAAAGAAGAAUUCGUUCGUGUUAUCGAGGCGGCUUUGAUUUCUUUAGGAUUCAGUGACACUAUGCCCAUUUUUCAUAGCGAGAUGCGUAACCAAUUUGGUUUUCUGAAGGAACCUAACAAGUUCAGGGACCAUAUCAUUGAAGGGAAUUGGCUCAAGGCGACUGAGUUGGUUGGGCAAAUGGACAUGUCGGAUGUCGAUAGAGCUAGGGUGCUGAUAAAAAUUCAGGAACAAAACUUCCGUGAAUUACUGAAAGUUGGAAGAAAAGACGAUUGUAUGAGUGUAUUCUACCAGAUGACCAAGCUUGGUCUUGAUGAAGAGAAAACAGUGCAACUCUUGCAGCUGUUUUUGAAGCCUGAACACGAUAUGCCACCGGACAGAAAGAUUUUGCUGAAAGAGGUUGGGAAGCUGUUGCCACCGGGAAUAAUUUUGGAUAACAGGCUAAUAGAGCUUUUAGAACAAGCCCUCUCUCAUCAAAAGGAGUCAUGCAUCUAUCAUAAUACUCCAUUGAAGAAGAUGUCCCUUUUUAGGGAUCAUCUUUGUGCUGAUAAUAGGAUUCCGAGCAAACUUCAGCAGGUCCUAACUUCUCAUGUGGAUAGGACGAGAGCUGAUUAUGAUACUAUUAACGCUCUGCAAUUUUCAAGAAAUGGUGUGUUCUUAGCCUCUUGCGCCGGAAGGGAUGCAAUCAUAUGGGGGGUGCAGGAACAACAUAUCAGCUUUCUUCAUCACUUGACUGGACAUGGGCGCUUUAUCAUCAAUGAUAUAUGCUGGAAUACAAAGGACACAGAAGUGCUUACGUGCGCUGAAGAUGGAGCUAGAAGGUGGGAUGUUUUCACCGGAGAAUGCCUGUCCACAUUCAACAAGAGGGGAAUGAUUCGUUGUGUGUGGGCAGAAGAUGGCGUUUUUACUGCAGAUUGGCGGGGGAUAACUAUGUGGACUGCUCAUGGAGAGGAACUAAAUAGAUGGGGGAUUCAAGGGGUAGCGUGGAGUGUUCGAGGACAGGACCUAAGAGGAGAAGAAACAGUAUGGGAAAUGAAAGAGGAUAAUUUUCUGACAUUUAUUGGAUCAACGUUGAGGAAAGAGAUUGUAUACGCCACGGAAGACUCCACGAUCACCCUGUUAGGCUGGGAAACUGGGAGAGUAAGGACCGUUAUGGAAAAUGGCAAAAAGCAUUUGAGGAUGUUUCAUGACGAAGAGAUGCAAGAUAUUGACUGUGGAGUUUGUUUCGGUGGAUGUAAUGAAGCGUUUGUAGCAUGUGCCAACAUUGAUUCGAGGGUGCGUAUUUGGCAUAGAUCCUCAGGGGAGUUGGUAGCCACUCUCGUGUCCAUAGAUGGAAAUGAAUCAGAGAGGCGGGUGGCUUGGAACCCAGUCAUUCCAACCAUGUUGGUCUCGGGAGGAGACGACCGAGUGAUCCGGGUUUGGGGAGUUUGA